CCUUUAAAGACCAAUCACCCGCGCCCCUCCAAAAUGGGCGGAGUCAGUCAACAUCUAGAAUUAAUUAAAUUCUAGAAGAAGCUACGAAACGAAAUCCCCGUGAAAUUGGAAUAUUCCAGAAGAGGCUUCUAGCUUUCCUGCCCAAGCAAUUCCAGCUAAUAUCGCCUUCUAUAAAUUUCCAAACUGUCGUCGCGGAUCAACCCUGAAGUUUCUUGUUGAUUCGUUUGUGCUUGCUUUUUCUCUUUGAUUGCAUUUCAAUAAUCAUGCCUCGAAAAAGCUCCGUAGUAGGAAGGUCGGGUGGUGGCGCCCGCACCCCAUUGCGGAACCCUCCCAAGCCAGCUGCUCCUGCUCCUCCCCCAGCACCUGUGCAGAAUGGAGGCGGUUCUAUGCUGGGCGGAUUAGGGUCUACCAUUGCAGAGGGCAUGGCUUUUGGUACUGGAAGUGCAGUAGCCCACAGGGCUGUGGAUGCCGUAAUGGGUCCUCGUGUCAUCAAACAUGAGACAGUGGCCUCUUCUGCUCCUGCAGCACCAACCAUGGACGGUCUUGGAGUUUCUGAUGCAUGUGGUGCCCAAUCAAAGGCAUUCCAAGAUUGUCUCAGCAGUUAUGGGAAUGAAAUCAGCAGGUGCCAGUUCUACAUGGACAUGCUGUCUGAAUGCCGCCGGACCUCUGGCUCUACAAUGAGUGCUUAACGAUGAUCAUGAAGCAAACCACCCAAACAAAUAUGUACCCAUACUCAAUGGUUGUAGACUUGUAGCGACUAUUAUGGUCUCUGGUCAUUUUGUGGUUUGAACAUCAGAAUCAGGGUGUAGGGUUUGCCUUGUCAGUCUACCGGUGAUCGUAUCCUACAUUUUCUGUGGCUUUAGAUUUUCGAGUGGGUGCUUAUUGCUAAUCUCCCACCACUUUCCUGCCAAUUGUGUUUCUAUUGCAAUAAAUAUUGGAGCCUUGCCAUUGACUUGGCAAUGCUAAUCAACGCAAUUUCUUUUAGAGGAAAGAAAAUGAGAGGUUACAGAUUUGUUUAUUA